UCGUGGGCGGCUGUGGGCGGUGUGUGUCUAGAGAGGGGCGGGACCGGCGACGCGGCCCGCCGGGCUCCUCAGGUUUAGUACGGGUCUCUGGGCGGCCCGGCCCGGCCCGGCCCCCGGAGGCAUAGGCCGAAGGGGCCGCGCACCGCUUGGAGGUGCGGAGGGGAAAGCCUGGGGCGUCGCUUCAGCUGCCCGCCCCUCCCCCUCUCAUCUCCGGGCAGGCAAGGCUCCUGGGACCCUGGCGGGGCUCCUGCCGGGUCCGCGCUCCCGACUGCCGAGUCCUGCUGAGCGACUCUGGAGUGCCCGUCCAGAUGCCAGCCCUGCUGCCACUGGGGGGCCCUCUGGGAGACUGAAGACCCAGGCUGAGGCUGACUGGCCCUGAGACGUAGGCCAGGGCAAUGGCAGCCCCCCCAGAGCCUCAGGACCAAGCCCCUGAGGAGGGAGAAGGGCUUCUGAUCGUGAAGGUAGAAGAUUCCUCCUGGGAGCAGGACCCUGCCCAGCCAGAGGACCGUGGGGACCCAGAGCUGUGCCGCCGGCGCUUUCGGCAGUUCUGCUACGGGGAUGCGGGCGGGCCCCACGAGGCCUUCAGCCAGCUCUGGGAGCUCUGCUGCCGCUGGCUGCGGCCCGAGCUGCGCACCAAGGAGCAGAUCCUGGAGCUGCUGGUGCUGGAGCAGUUCCUGAGCGUGCUGCCCGUGGGCGUCCAGGACUGGGUGUGCCAGCAGUGCCCAGGCAGUGGCGAGGAGGCCGUCGCCUUGGUGCAGGACCUGCAGAAGCAGCCAGUGAAAGCUUGGUCACAGGAUGUGCCCUCAGAGCGGGCGGAACCUGAGGCUGCAGUCCAGGGGUCCCAGGCCCAGGGGCCUCCCUGGAGGGCGGGGACACGAAGCCAGCCACCUGUACCCUGGGAGCUGCACAGCCAUGGUGCCCAGCUUCCAGCUCUUAAACAGGGGAGCACCAGAGAGACGACAGAUACCUGCUUUGCCUCUGGGGGACCUGUGACAUUUGGAGACAUUCCCUUUUAUUUCUCCCGGGAAGAAUGGGGGUCCCUGGACCCUGCCCAGAGGGAUCUCUUCUGGGACAUAAAAAGGGAGAACUCUCGGAAUGUUGCCCUGGGUUUGGGGCACAGGAGCCACAGUGAGAGAACCCAGCUGGAGGAGGUGGUGACGGCGCUCCCAGACCAGGCUGCUGGCGACAAGACCGCGUCCAGGAGCCCGGAGGAGGCCGAGGCCUGGGAGGGCGGGGCCCGGCCGGGGGCGCCCCGGGGGCGGGGGUCGGGGGCAAGGCGCGGCCGGCCGCCCACGCGCCGGCGGCAGCUCCGAGACCUGGCGGCCGAGAAGCCGCACAGCUGCAGCCAGUGUGGCAAGCGCUUCCGCUGGGGCUCCGACCUGGCGCGCCACCAGCGCACACACACGGGCGAGAAGCCUCACAAGUGCCAGGAGUGCGACAAGAGUUUCCGCAGCUCCUCGGACCUGGUACGCCACCAGGGCGUGCACACGGGCCAGAAGCCCUUCUCCUGCACCCAGUGCGGCAAGAGCUUUAGCCGCAGCGCCUACCUGGCUGACCACCAGCGCAUCCACACGGGCGAGAAGCCAUUCGGCUGCAGCGACUGCGGCAAGAGCUUUUCACUGCGCUCCUACCUGCUGGACCACCGGCGCGUGCACACAGGAGAGCGGCCCUUCGGCUGCGGCGAGUGCGACAAGAGCUUCAAGCAGCGCGCCCACCUCAUCGCCCACCAGAGCCUGCACGCCAAGAUGGCCCAGCCUGUGGGCUGAGGGCGGGAGCGCAAUCACCCAUCCGAAUCCACCGUCCCAGUGCGGCUUCCUACUCACAGAAACUGGUGGCCCUGCCCUCCUGGGACCCUGGCUGACGCCUCGUGACAUGGAGUCCCCCGUGACCUCACUGCCAGACUUCUGAUGCUCCAAGGUUUUUCUUGUUCAUUUACUGGAGCCCCAGCACGUUGCAGGCAGGUGGCCUGAGCACAGGGGAGAGGCUGGCACACAGGGAAGUCAGGACUCUGGCAGGGCCUGGAGUCCCCAUCCCAGAGCCCUCUUCAGCCCUGCUUGGCCCCGUGGCUCUUUGCUCCCAGCCUCUGGGCUGGGUCCAUGGGCCAGGCCUUCUGUCCUGCCAUCCUGUGACUUCCUGUGGGAGGGAGGCUAAGCCUCAGGGUGCUGCUGGGGUUAGGGGUCAGGGGAGGGGUCAGCCCACACCUGUGAAGAUGUGGAUCCUGGGCUCAGCUACAGAGGCUUCCUGGCCUCCACCUCUUUCCAUCUCCAGGCACUGGCCGCUCUGGCCCAUCCCAGCAGCCCAGAAGCUGCCCGCCUCUGCUCUCAGCCAACCUGCCCCCGGCUGAGUUUCCGAGAGUCACCCUCCACCAGCUGGGGCAGGCGGUGUGGGCUCCAGGGACAGAGGCCAACUGUGCAGACUCAGAAUAGGGCCGGCCGAGGCCAGCUGCCCCCACUCCCCGGAGUCUCGGGGUUUACGGUACUUCAUGCUCGUGCUCUGUUGGCACGUUGUCGCCGACUCCUGAGGCCUUGCAGUCCCUGCAGAAGGGCAUUCACAGGGACUGACCACAGGCCCUCGCAAGGAGCUGGCCCAGCUGACCUUAGAAGGGCAGCAGAAAGGUGAGAAUAAACACGAAAACUUUCUCCAA